AUGGGGUACUGUAAUUUUGACCCAAGACUUCAAGCAAAAAUCAUAAAACUAGUUGAUGUUUCAUAUGGAGGAGAGAAUGGAUUUAAUCAAGCAAUUGAGUUAGCUGCUGAAUCUCUUCAGAAUGUGAAAUUCAUUCAGGAAAAGAAGCUUAUUGGACGUUAUUUUGAUGAGAUCAGUCAAGACACUGGAAAAUAUUGCUUUGGUGUUGAAGACACUUUAAGAGCGUUGGAGCUGGGGUCUGUAGAAACUCUGAUCUGUUGGGAAAACCUAGAUAUUCAGAGAUACGUGUUGAAAAACCAUGUGACCUCAGAGGAGAAAAUACUGCAUUUAACUCCAGAACAAGAGAAAGACAAGACUCAUUUCACUGACAGAGAGAGUGGAGUUGAACUUGAGUUAGUAGAAUGCCAACCUCUUUUAGAAUGGCUGGCAAACAAUUAUAAAAGUUUUGGUGCUACACUCGAAAUUAUAACGGACAAAUCGCAGGAGGGUUCUCAGUUUGUCAGAGGAUUUGGUGGCAUAGGAGGUUUACUUCGAUACAAGGUAGACUUCCAAAGUAUGCAGUGUGAUGAGUUGGAAGAUGAUCUAUAUGACAUUGAUGACUACUAG